AUGAAAACAUUCAAACCCCAUCACCACCAAUUCUCCACCCUGUUCUUCUUCCUACUCUUCUUCCCUUUCCUCAACUCCCAAACUGCAAGACAAGAAAACAACACAGGCUACACCUGCACCACCACCAAAAACCAAACCAACCACUACCCAUGUCAAUCCUACGCAUUCUACAGAGCUACCUCACCAAACUACCUCGACUUAGCUACCAUCUCCGACCUCUUCUCCCUCAGCCGCCUAGCAAUCUCAAAACCAUCCAACAUCUCUUCACCUUCCACCCCUUUACUCCCCAACCAACCCCUCCUCAUCCCCAUAACCUGUUCCUGCAACUUCAUCAACACCACCUUCGGUUCCAUCUCUUACUCCAACAUCAACUACACCAUCAAACCAAAAGAUACUUUUUUCAUUGUCUCAACUAUAACCUUCCAGAAUCUCACUACCUACCCUUCUGUUGAAAUCGUUAAUCCCAAUAUUGUUGCUACUAAUCUCUCUAUUGGUGAUAAUGUUGUUGUCCCUAUCUUUUGCAAGUGUCCUAAUAAAAUAAAAAACAAUUCAACUUUCAUGAUUUCUUAUGUUGUUCAACCUUCUGAUAACGUUUCAUCUAUUGCUUUGAUGUUUGGAGCUACUGAAAAGUCUAUAGUUGAGGUUAAUGGUGAUAAAUUGUAUGAUUAUGAUACUAUUUUUAUUCCGGUUGAUAAAUUACCUAUUUUGAAACAACCUAGGACUGUUGUUGUUCCUUCUUCUGCACCAAGUGGGAAUUUUAAUGAUGGCGGCGACAGUGAUGAUUAG